UCUCGCCGCCACAAUUUAUCAAACACUUGGCGUGCAGUUUCGCUGCCGCAACUAUCGGCCACCGGCGACGCGAUAUUAUCCAUCUUCACGCCGUAUGACAUAGUAAAAGCACUGCUGCCUCUUCCUGGAAAUUAAUUGAGCGUGAUAAAAAGGACUUACUCUAUUUAUUGACAGAAUACUUGCAAAAUCGCGCGAAGAACUGUCGGAGGUAAUCUCUAAAUUAAUUUUGUCAGAAUGAACUACGAAGCCAAGCUUAGAGAGCUCCUUCGGAACUUGGCAUCCGCCGAGCAAUCGCUAUUUAUCGAUGCCUCCAAAGGAUUUAUCAAGAUUCUCAAAUCCGAUUCAGCCCCUGAAGUUAUGCGUAUAUAUGUCACAACGUCGUCGGAUUUGAUUGAAAUUUACCAGGCUUGGGAAUCCCACAAAGACAAACCUGGGUUUCCGCAUGUUCUGAAUUUAGUUGCAGCGAUUAUGAAGCAGCGCGGCAGUGCUGAUAUUUCUUCGACGUUGAAUAAGUUUGCAACAAUGCUUAUUAAGGAGAAGAUGUCGGAUUUGUAUAAGGAGUUGAACAGUAGAGAGGGCAAGCGGCAGAACGCCGCCCUCUUGUUGCUGGCCUCUAUUGUGAGACGUAGUUUGCAUUUUGCUGGUGAAGUGGAGAAGGUUUUCGAUUACAAGCUUGCGGGUUUUACUAAUCUGGCCAAAGUUAGAUUGAGGGUGAAGAAAGAAGUUGAGGAGAGAAGGAAAAGUCAUUCCACAAGAAAAGCAUUUGUGGGUUUUGCAAUGUCGUUUUUGGAAGUUGGCAAUCCACGUUUGUUGAAGGUGAUGUUGAGUAUGAAGCACAAGGAGAUGUUUUCAGGGGUUAUGAGGGGGCUGGGGAAUGACGAUGAAGAGACGGUGGUUCAUAUUCUGUCAACUUUACGUGAUAGGGUUCUUGUUCAAGAGUCACUCGUGCCACCGAGCCGUAGGAGUGUGUUAUUCGGUAGCCUUACUUUGGAGCAUUUGGUUAAUAUUUCAGGGAGGUUUGAUUUUGGUGAUGCACCGGAGUUGGCAUACAAUGUGUUGGUUAUGGUUUGCACUAACCCUGAAAACGGGUUGAUGCCAGAUUCGAAUAGGCCUGGGAAUUUGAAGCGUCUUGUGGAUUUAAUGAAAAAAUUGAAGGCGACAGAAAUUGAGUACCAUAAGAGCCUGCUUCUGGCCAUUGCAAAAGGACGCCCUUCUUUUGGUUCUGCUUAUUUGGAUGAGUUUCCUUACAGCCUUGAAGAUCUUGCAUCGGAUAAUUGGUUUGCUGCUAUUUCGUUGGCUGCAGAUGUGAUUUCCUCAGUUAGUGAGGGACUUUCGUUUGGCUUUGUUGAUAAAGAUAAACCACCUGCAUUCGACAGUCAGAAUCUGCAGAGUGUUCUAAAAUGCAUAAGACCACAACCCUUCACCAGAUUAGUUAUCAAUAAAGGGCUACUUCACAUUGAUUCUCUUGUGAAACAUGGAGCAUUGAAGUUUGUAGUGGAGGCACUGAAAUUGUUGGACUCUUUGAUUAAAGCCUUGGAAAAUUGUGCUCGUUCGAACAAUCAGACAAAGGAUAGCUGGCAAGCGUUGAAGGCGGAAAUUCAAAACGGAGCUCGUAUGUCACUUCCUGACCCCCAAGUUUUGUUGUCUUUACUUUCUCCUCUACAUAGCCACUUCAAGAGCUUCGAGUCUACUACGAAAAGGAAGGCUGAAGCAGAAAUUGAAUCAGAACACUCUGUGAAUGUUAGUAAGAGGUUGAAAAGUUCUGCAGCAAGUGAAGAUGUGGAUAUUCUUAUAAGUGGGGUUAAUUCCUCUGAGAUAGAUCUAUCCGGGGAUGGUGUGGUUACAGAAUCAGAUGGUGAGCAACAAUCGGAGGAGAAUGGAUCUGAUAUUGUGAGUUGUAUCAGAGAUCUGUGGGGUUUGCGUAAAUGCUCUACGACGCGUAAGGAUCUAAAAGAUGGCGAUACAUAUUUUUUCUCCAAGAUACUUGAAUCACUUGCAAUCUAUUAUCGGACUAUGCCUAUGGACAUGGAAGGAUUAUCUGAUGUGUUCAAAUUUCUACCAAAUAAUCCUCUAUCAUCACCAACAAUUCUGCAGCAGUCUCUAUUAGAACUGCUUAACGAACACGUCAGUCAGUUUUCUAAAGAUGCGACCACUAUCAGAACCCCCCCACAAAUGUACAAGCACCUCAAUCCAUUUAUUGUCUGGUUAUUGGGUUCGCCAGCUGGAGAGACUAAGGAACAAGCUUAUGCCUUAGCAAAGGCAGCCAUGUUAAGCACUGGUGCAUUCGAUAAUAACACGAGGGAAAUUUGUGCAUGGUUCUUUUUUAUACCUGGCCAUAGUGGAGAUCAUGUCUAUGUUGAAGAUACGGAAGCUGAAAUCUUCCAGAAGUUGUCUUCGGUUAUUGUUUCUUUUCUAUGUGAUGCUGUUUCCACGACUGGGAAUAACUUAUACAAGUAUAUGGAAUUAUUGAAGCGUUACAUCUAUGACUCAGGGGGUAAAGGUAAUCUUGGGAAUAUUAAAGGAGUUUUAAGGAGUGAGUAUCAGAGUGGACUUGUUGGAUUGACAGUGGGGUUUUCCUUCUCAUUGCUGUGCACAAGAUACACCGAGAUUUUGCAGAAUUUCCCAUUAGUCUUAUCCAUCUCAAGUGAACUACUCGAAGCCCCUUUCUCAGUUUUAUCAUCUAUGUUUUUCCUUCAAUCGAGUUUUCUCACUGAUGUUUCCAAAUUAUGGCCUGAAAUGCUCUUUGAUGCUCUGGGUAGUGUUACUUGUUGUAAAGAGAAGGAAGAUAAUUCGUGUAAAGGUGACCUUGAUUCGAAAAAAGCUGCUUCUGCUGCAUUUGCUCGGUAUUUAAGAAGCGCUCCAUUUUGUGUACUAUUUUCAGCCAUUGUACAAAGUAGCAGCUGCCAUUUAUUUGAGCAGUCGGCGCUCAAAAAGUUGCUUUUGGAUAAAGUGACUGCGGUUCCAUCUGAUCAUUUGGUUUCUUCGCUAUGCUAUGUAAUGUUCUGGAUGAAUCAUGCCAGCUCAUCCUACAGAAUCGGAUCUUCCAAUGAUCUCAAGAUGUCUUCCGAAACAUGUUUUAUUCUCGCCGAGUAUUUGGUGAAACAAUUAUUGGAUAAAAAUCUGAGCCAUAUACCAGUAAAUUGUGCUGCAGAAGUGGUAGAAUUCAUCCUUAAUCACCCUUCUGUGACAUCUUCACUGAGGUUUCCUCUGUCUGGUGAUAUAGAGUUUUCAGAUUCAAUCUUUGGGGAGUCUUUGGGAGAACUUCUUCAAUCUGCUAAACAAGCAGUUAAUAGAAUGGACCACCAUGUCUUGGAUUUGAUCAAAACAGUUGCUGAGUUUAUCUUUCCGAUGCGCAACGAUCAAUUAUCCGAGCAAGUUAUAAAUGGCAGAAAGCAAAUAUCAAGAGCGUUUGAAGCAAUGGAGCAGAAGCUGUUUCUGAUAUUUAAGACUAAGUUCGAUGCAUGCAUCAAAUCAAUGGAUUUCAAGCCUUUCGUCCCAACAUUUUACGCUUUGCACACUUUGAUCCGUUUUAUAUCUCCGUUUAAGCUGCUUGAAUUGGUAAACUGGUUGUUCUCUCGUAUUGAUUCCAAGAAUGCAACUGUCCAUCAAUCAUCAAAAAGAAAUGAUCUCUUUGUUGGUUUGCACUUAGCAAGUUGCACUUUCGAUAUUCUUUCAGCAUAUAUGGGGCAGCCAAAUCCAGAAAGUACACUAUAUAGUUAUUUGGGUGGAACCGAGACUCAGUUUGAUGUUUUGCUGUUUGAACGGAUUUUUUUUCAAGUAUUCGAGAUCUGCUGUCGUUUUAAACUAGACAUUGCUGAUAAAUGUCUGCUUAAAGCUGUCAAGGUUGUGAAAAUGCAUAAAUCAGUUCAAGAUCCAUAUCUUCCUUCCAUAAUGGUGUUAUCAAGAAUUGUUGCAAGCACUCCUAUAGAUAUAAUUUCUCAUUGCUUGCACAAAGUUGAUAGAACAAAGGCUGACUUGUUGUAUCUUAUUACUGGAACGAGCCCCCUACAUAUGUCUGCCUUUGGAUUUACGUUUUCUGAAAUAUUGAACACAUUGCUUCCUAAUGCCCACAAGAAUCAAGAAACUUCUAAAUACUCGUUGUCCGAUGAAGAAUUAACGAUGCUUUUGCCCACUGCCUUGUUGUACUUAAAUUCAGUCACCAUCAAAUUUGAGGGACAGCCCUCCAAGCCAUUUCAAGUUAUACUUUCGGUGUACGGUCGUUUACUCUUUGGUGGUUUUUCUAAGUGGAAGAUCUUUGUCUCUAGUAGUAUUUUCGAGAUUAGACUUGAUAAACUCUUGACUGCAUCAAGAGAAGAAUUUUCAAAUCUUUUCUCAGACAGUCUUCUAGGAAAAGCAAUCCUUAUUGCACGAGAUCAUCUGGCAUCGAACGAAGAUAUAUCGAAACUCGAUUGGAGGUUGAGUCUAUUUAAUCAAGUGUGUCCCUCUAAUGCAGAUGAUAUUUUUGACUGCUGUUGUGGUGAGACUGGACUUCAUUCUCUUAAACAACCUUUAGAGUUUGUGAACAAAGUUGUUGCGUAUAUCAACUUUUGUAGGAUACUAUUAUUUUUCGACUGUAAUGGAAGUGAAUCUCCGCCUUUAGAGAAGUCAAGAAUCCAGUUUCUUAGAAUGUUGAUCAGUACCUGGAUGUUGAUUGUGAAGAAGUUUCCAGAAAAUAAUGCCUACUCGGGUAAUAUUGAUGGGGAGAAUCUUUCGUUGUUUAGGUUUUUGGAAUUCUUUGUAAUGCACAAUGUGUCGGAAUUGACUACAGAGAUUCAAAAUUGUCUUAUCAAAUUGGAUUCUCUUCCCUUCACAGAACAGCUCGUGAAAUCGUUUCUUCUCUAUAGGUUCGAAGAUUCCGUGACUCUGAAGAUGCUGCGAACUGUUCUAACUUCUUUAUCUCGUGGGAAAUUUUCAUGCAUUUCAGUAAUCCAGCUUUUGCUCGCUCAUUCGAAGUUUGCACAGUCCAUUCAUUCUGCUAACCAAUCGCUCGAUUCGACUCAGUUUGGGCUGGUUUUCACACCUAUGCGUAGCAUUAUGACAUCUCUCGUUAUUCCUUGUACUAAUCUAGAUUCCUUGUACUUCAAAAACAAGAAAUCAACAAGUGAGCCAGAUCUAAAUUUGCUGGAACUUAUUAAGCUUGUCAGAGUACUUUUUCAGAUCUACGUGCAGCAAAGAGAAGAAGCAAAUGUUGGAGAUGAGGAGGGUAUAAAUUGUAGAGAAUUGGUCUAUCUGCUUUUGUCUUCAUAUGGGGCGACGUGUAGUGAAGUUGAUAAGGAAAUAUAUAAUUUAAUGUUGGAAAUUGAGUCUAAUGAUAAGUCGAGUGCUGGGAUUGUUGCUCAAACGGAUUAUAUAUGGGGACCAUCUUCUCUAAAGAUGAGAAAAGAUUCUGUUGACUUGAAAAACACCGAAUCUUUUGAAGAACUUCAGAAGGUUAAAUUCAGAGAGAAUAUUCCGGUCGACCCUAACAUGUGUGCUCAAACUGUGCUUCAUUUUCCUUACAACGAAUUUGUGAAUGGAGGAACUAGUUCUACAGUUAUGACUGAGGCCUGUUCGACAACUGAUAAGCUACAGAUAUACGAUCCUAUUUUCAUCCUCCGUUUUUCGAUUCAUUGUCUCUCGAGGAACUAUAUCGAACCAAUUGAGUUUGCUAGUUUAGGCUUGCUUGCAAUUACGUUUGUCAGUAUGUCUUCAAAUGACGAGGUUACUAGGAAAUUGGGGUACGAAGCGCUUUCAAAAUUCAACAGUGCACUCGAGAAAUGUCAAAAGAAGAAGGAUGUGAAACGACUUGGUCUGUUGAUGACAUCUUUGCAAAAUGGAAUAGAAGGGCAAUGGCGAAGAAUUCCAUCCAUUAUUGCCAUAUUCUGCGCAGAGGCUUCUUUGGUACUGUUGGACGAAUCAUACGCCAAUCAUUCUUCCAUAUACGAGUAUUUCAAUAAGUCCCGUUGUGUUAACAUGAAGGAUAUUCCAUUAUUCUCGACUCUUUUCUGGAGUAGUUCCGAUAAGUUUAAAAUGGACCGGUUGUGGAUGCUUCGGUUGUUGUAUGUUGGGCUGAAUACUGAAGAUGAUGCUCAAAUAUAUCUCGGCAAUCACAUUUUUAAGACACUCAUGAGUUUUUAUUGCUCACCUCUUUCGGAUAAUGAUUCAAAGGAACUUAUCAUCCAGAUAGUGGAGAAGGCUUGCCAAUUUCAUAGAGCAGUUCGGGUUUUAGUCGAACACGGCGGUUUGAUUUUAUGGUUGUCAUCUAUUGUUUCGUCUCUGUAUUUGAUUAAAUGCCAAGAACAGAAAAGGGCUGCCUUCAUACAAUUGCCAAUGGUAUUUAAGGUUGUAAGUUAUAUAACAUCACCGAGAAAUAAUAUCGAGUGGCUGCCAAAACAUGCUAUGGAGCAGCUUUCAGAACUUUCAUCGAAUCUAUUCAAACUCCUAGUCAGUAGUUUCGACCUAAUCAAAGAAGAAAGCACCCUCUGCUACUCAAUACUCGAAACAUUGACUUUACUGCUGAAGGUAUCACAAAAGAGGAAGAUUAGUCAACCGCAUUUUACAUUAUCAGAAGAUAGUUUAUUUCAGCUCUACAAAACCGUAGAAUCAUGCUCCAAAACAAAGUCCGAUCCUAGUACGUGUUUGGCACUCAAAGCUGUUCUCACAACAACUCCUCCAGUCACUAUUCGUCGAAUGGGGCAGGAAAAUCUUUCGAAGUUUUUGAGAUGGGCAGUCGCAACUGCUAUCCAAUCAAAACCUGAAGACGAGUCAAUUGUAUCGAAGCUUUUGCGUUGGCUGAUUGCAUCAGUUAUACGUGGAAAAAUUUCUCGUAAAUUGAUCGAAGAUGAUAAUAAUAGUUGCUCCAAAAGAGAGAGCCUCCACAGUUUGCAGUCUUGGUUAAGUUCGAAAAACAAGAAAGUAUUUGAAGAAAAUGGAUGCGAUGAUGUAUUGGCUGCCACUAUAUUUUACCUGUUACAGAUUAUAGGCUUUAACCAUAGUUUGCUUCCUUCGGCUGUCUCUGCACUUUGUCUUCUACUCGUUCCCAAUUCUUCAGAGUUGGAGUCUUUGACCGGGAUUUCUUUGCCAUCACUAUGUACAAAGAUUCACUGCCCCACCGAAGCAAAUCCUGCCUGGAGAUGGUUAUAUGACGAGAAGUGGGGAGAGGUAUCGAAGGAAAUUAGUGCGGCUGAGAAACUGGAUGAAAUUCAUGCCUGUGAAAAACUUGUGAUGGUGGCUUCUAAUAUUCUCACGAAGAAAUCGGGAUUUUCUCACAUUUUCGAGCUUAAAGAUGUCGAAAACUUGCAUGUCUAUGACUGGGAAAGAAGUCUCAUUCAAAUCUAAAUAAAAAACUUUUAGGUAAUGUUAUUUAAAUGCAUUAAAUUUUCAAUCUAAUUGGUGUUGUAAUUUUUUUAUAUAUAUAUAUAUUUUUUUAAUUAAU